CGUUAAGUAAAUUAUUAAGCACAAGAGGUUCUCUACUUCGAACCCUUUAAGCUGACUGACCGUAGAGUGAAUUAUAGCAGAGAGAUCUCGUCAAUAUGGCGCUCGACAGUGUAAUGAAACGAUUUGGCACGCUGCGUCGUAACAUGACGAAAAAAUUGAAUGGCGAGAUAAAAGAGCAUCCUAGACCCCCAAUGCCUCAGUCGAGAACAGCUCAACUGAGAUUAGCAAACACGUUUGACAGCGAAACUGAUGUGGGAACAUGUAUUUCUUUUGCGCCUGCGCCUAGACAGAAAGCGCAGAUGAAUAAAUCAAGUGAGUCGGUUAAAGCUAUGAACGAAAGUAGGGAUACAAUAUUGAGCACCAAAUCAGGUAACCUGAACAGUUCACACAGCAAGUUGUCAAACGGUGACAAACCCAAACCCAAACCACGCCCACAAGCUCGUCCAGAUCGACCAGGAUCAGUCCCAGUCGUAUCCAGUAAUUCUGCUUCUGAAGGCAUCGACGCGGCAGUUGAAGCGGAGUCUGAAUCUGAACGCACAAACGCUAUAUCUUCUGCCAAUACGAGCGCAACAGGCGAGCAUCAUAGCACAGACAGUGCGCCCGCGCGUCCGCCAAAGAAGCCAACACAGAAACCACCGCCGCCAGCCCGCAAGCGUGGCAACUCUCUCACCCCAGCACCCACGGCAAGCACCAUGAAGAAUUCGGUAGUAAAUAACCCCAAGUUUGCCGCUGGCACCAUGCCGGGAAGACCGACAAACGCGCCUAAGACACGUGUGUCUGCAAGCAACGUAUUCAGUACAGUUGCACAGGACUCAGCGCCUUCGCGGCCACCGCCAAAGGGUGUGACCUGUGCUGCUUUGUGGGCUAAAGUGGACGAUUUAAAGGAGCGUGCCGAGUGUUAUAAUAUAAGUAUUGGCAAGGAGCUCCGAGGCAUGCGAUCGUUAUCCACUAGUGGAGUUAAUGGAUUGACCGUGGAGGACAACAGACUGCGUAAAAUCACUGCAGCGAUGUUGGCUUUGGGUAAGCUAGCUGAGCUAUUCAACACGACAAUUACCAGUGAACUAGACAGAUGUGCUCAUACGAAAACCGUACUCAAAGAUGCUAGUGGCGAAAUUGUAUCGCCAGAUAACGUAGCCAAACAGCUCUUGAACAGCUGGCGCACGUGCCUUAUGGGCCUGGAGUUUGUACAUUCGCUCGAGCACAAGACGUCUAACAUGUCAGACACCCGCGGUGAGAUGGCACACAAAGACUUGAUGAAAGUAUUUGGAGAAAAUACCAGGCUCCCUGAAGCCUUGAUGUAGCGUGUGAGCUCAAAUUUUUGAAUACACUACAGUUUAUUUUACCAAUACGCCAACGGGGCCUUGACAGAUGUGCCAGCAUACUUGGACUAUUUAUUGUAAUAUAGUACUAACGCGAUGCAGGCGACAAUCAGAGAGAUGGUCACCCACACAUGGACUUCAGAUAUUAAGUUUGUAACGAUAACAAGAGAAGAAUUGUGUGAUAUGAUGGUGAAGAUGCACUUGUCAUUAUAAGCCGUGCGCAUAUGUGGAGAGCAAAGUCAUAGAGCUGUGUACGUUAAAAAUCUUUGCACCUAUAGGCACCUAAGGUAUAAUAAUUUCGCUUUCCACCCGGUUAUUUGGAUUUUCAGCAUAGAGGUUUAAUACAGAGUUAUUCCAUAACCUCAAGAGUACUAUGCUAAAUACAACUUCCUCAAAUGCAGCAAGUGGAUUAGUUUAGAACAGCACGUAGUAAAUACGUUCGUCCUCGUCUUCCUGUGUAAAUAGAUGCAAUUCAAAUACAUUUACACUCGAGGUUUUUUUUAAGUACAGCAUAUUUACAGUAAUACUACGUGUUUUCGUCGAAAAAAAAUAAAUGCAGAAAAAAAAC